AUGGUUUCAUUCUACAACCUAUUCUUCCUUACUGUCUUCGUCUUUACUAUCUCCACCACUGGCACUGAGGCUUUCAGCUUACCAGGUUUAGAUCUCAGCGGUCUUCCUAAGUGUGCUCAAGGAUGUGUGAUCAAAGCAGCAUUAGGUACUAUUAGAAACUGUAACCUACUUGAUAUUAAUUGUCAUUGUCAGGAUGAUAGUUAUCUUCGAAUCAGUGCUAGAUGUAUUAUCACUUCCUGUUGUGUUGAUGAUGCAGUUAAUGCAGAGGUGUGGGCCCAUCAUACUUGUUGA